UUCGCUAUUCGCUAAACAAAGAUGGCGGUUCCAUCGUAUCGAGGGAAAGUAGUUGAGGAUCUAUCAUCGCUGCCUUUGCAAGUAUUAUUACACUUGAACGUUUGGUAUUUUUUGGUAUUUUGGAUUACUGAAUUGCUGGUGUAUAUUUACAAAGGAAUUAUUCUACCGUAUCCCAAUCAAGAUGGGACAUUGGCUCUCGAAAUAAUACUAUUGUUGAUGUUCGCAAUUAUCGAGAGUGUCCGUCUAUUUUUUGGCUACAAAGGGAAUCUUGCUGAACGGAAACUUGCAGUGGUACUCUCAAUAUUUCUUACCAUUCCUGUCUUGCUGCUCAACUUAUAUUUGAUGCUAUGGCAGACUUAUGUGUUGAGAUUAGAACUCAUUCUUUGUUGCGUACUACUUGUCUUUUUUGGCUUGGAAUUCUUCAUUAGCUUUGCAACGCUUUUUGUGAUUCAGAGGCACGAAUCUUCUCUUGGAAGAUAAUUCGACUUCGUUAUUUGGAAUAUGACGAAGUCUUUUAAACAUCUUAAGGACUUAUAAAUGGUAGUAUGGACUUUUGUUUCGGUAUAUAUUUAUUGAACAAUCUGUUCCAUUCAUAAGUAAAAGACGGAGUGUAAAAAGUGAAGGAAAAGAUCAACUUAGAUGUGUUGGUAGGUAGUUCUGUCAAGCAACGCAUACCUUUUUUUACCUAAAUUUGCCACGCAUCGCAUGUAACCUUCGAUAGCUCAGUUGGCAGAGCGGGGGACUGUAGAGGAAAUGAUUGCCAUCCCUAGGUCGCUGGUUCAAAUCCGGCUCGAAGGAAUGUUUUUUUGUAAGUAAGUAAAUCUUUUUUUCCAUAACAGGAGCAUUCACCCUCUCUAUCGAGCGUUUCUGAAUUUCAAGUCUAUAAAAAAUAAAACCCAAAAUGUCAAAUCCCCAUAUAGUGAAAAUUCCGAAAAGACUGACUUUCCUUGCAUUACCUCGUUCUCAGUUUAAACCAAUUUCAUGGAAAGUACGCCUGAUACGAAACGACUCAAAUGAAAAUUAAAUUAUCAUAAUGAUCAUCAAACGUUGCUUCAUCUGAAUAGAAUUAUUAGAUGAUUUGUUGAUCAUUUGCAGGCCAAAUUCUAUGUACAGGCUUGAGAAAACUGAUCAAUGAUUUUUAAAAGUCUUACAAGCGUACCUAUUGUGAUUUCGUAAGAGUGGUUAGAACCAUUGAAAAACACCCCCCUAAUCUGAAUGUCCUUGUAACACAUCUGUAUAUAUAUACGUAGAUAGUUUAUAUACAACUUUAUGUAAUAUUUGUCUUACUUAUAUUAAGAGUAAUAACUAAUAUAUGGGAGUCAUUUGACUUCAUGCAACUAAAA